AUGCAACAGGCGGCCUCCGGCCUGCCGUCACAUCAAUUUUCUGCAUUACUACCGGUAGCAUUUGCCAAUUUGGCCAGUCAACCGGACCCAUCAUCACCACUUCAUGUGCUCUGCUUACAACACGUCGUGUUUUUUGUUUUUCACCAAUUUCCGGCAAAUUUCACAAACGGAUUGGAAUUGGCAUUGGAAGGUUGUAAUAUAAAUACAACGCCUGUUGCACUUCUAAAUGCCUUUGUUGAAAAACUCGGAGCAGAAAGUUUUUCAACUGGUGUCUCUCCCAAUGACUUAGGCGCUACAAAAGCUCACGAAUGCGCACAAAUUUUAGCAAAACGGCUAGAUGAAGCUCGUACUAAAUUGCCAAAUAUGUACAAUAUUUGGAGUCGUUAUAUCGACUCAGUUACACGACUGGCACAACUUUUUUUGUACAUUCCGGUUCGUGAUGGAUUCCAGCCUAAUUUGCCGGCUACAGUUCUUCAACGUGAUCUUUACGAAGUUUUUAGUCGAAUUGUUGAUGUUUUUCAUCCAUUAAUUGCUCCAUAUUCUGCAUUACAAGCUCCUUUCACCCAAUCGCAUGAAAAACAAGCAAUGUUGGUGUUGGAUAGAUUUAUUGAGUUGUUAAAUUCACUUCAUCACAAUUCUAUUAUACCACCAGGAAUGCAGAACGUUCAAGCACUUGUAUGGCAGUAUUAUAUUACAAAGCUCUCAUACCUGAGUCAUGGAAGUCAACACUACUAUGAUGUUCUGGAGAGCCAGUUAAUUCGGCUAAAUUGGCAGUCUCUAUGGCCUUCUAAAAUUGCAAUUACUGCUAUGGAGGAGUGUUUGAAAUCGCGUUCACCAUAUUGUUCCUCCUUCGUCGCUCAGGUAUUCGUCAGGAUUCCGUGGAACACGAUUUUCAAUCAGAUCAGCGAUGUGGAACGUCCUGGAUAUAUGAUGACCAUGUUUGGCGUUUUGACACGGCUUGUGGCGAGGCCAAAGAAUUAUGAGAAAGUUCGAGCGUCAAUUCUUGAAGUUGCCAAAACAGUCUCAACCAGAGCUGACUGGUCAAACGUAGACCUUCGGGAUGUUGAAUGGCUGUCGGAAAUAGUUAAAACUUCACUUCCAACGGAAUCAUUAUCCAAUCCAUUAGAUGUAGUAUCUGUCAUACAAUCAAUUUGGCGUAAAAUUUGCGGCUUCAUCCCUCGCGAACCGUUUAAUGAUGAAUUAAUUAAAAAACAGACGAUUUGGAUCAAAACGGAAUGCGAAUUGCUACUUCGUUGUGAGAAUACUGCAGCAUUGGCAGCUUAUAAUUCAUUGAUUUCUGAUGUUAGCUCGGUGGCUAGUAAUCAAGAACAACUGAAACCAUUUUGCGUCGUUGCUUGUGAAUUAACCGCCCUGUGGAAAAAAAUUAGCGAUCCUCAUCUCGGAGAAGCUUUUGUACAAUUGUGGAACAAUUACUUGAUGACAAAUCCAAACUCUCCUCUAGUAUUAACUUGUCUGAACACUAUUAUCGAAUCGCUAAAUGAUGACCAGCUGACAACAGCGCUCAAAGUUGUCGAAAAAACCAUAGCAGCUUACUUUUUGAGGUCGGAAAGCUGUUGGAACGAACUGUUGAACUGGGUUCGGCUACCUGAAAAGAAAAUGAAAGCUAUUGAAGGAUAUCUUUUUACGAUUCCGACAUCGGAAAAUAAAGUUACUUCACUACCUCUUACUUUGCGAGUCUUCAUGAGCUAUGGAAACGUUGACAAUAACUUGUUCUUUGCCUUACAUGGGUAUAUAACAAAUUUGAAGCCGAAGCAUGUUCUCGACGAAGCUGGACUGGUUUGUCUUAUUGCAAAACUUGUUGAAUGGAUGUCUCUGCGAGCUGCAAGUCUUCCCAACCAAAUUUCACCAACUGAUGAUCUAUUUCCUCCUCUGAUUCGAUGGUUGAACAAGUCUUCAAAAGACGAAUCCAAAUUUUUCACUAAUUUAAUAAGCAAUAAAAAAACGACACAUUCACCAAAGCUUCGCGUAAUUUUUCAAAUAUUGGAGCUUUAUUUAACACAGCAAAGCGUUGGAGAAGGUAGAAGACCAAGAUGCGAUUCGAAUUCGCCGGUUUUUAAUUCUAGAAUUUCAGCUAUUAAGGAGAUGGCGGGGCUUAAAGUCAAUCAACACAUGAGCGCCACGUUUAACAAAGCAACCACGUAUUUUGUUAAUGUAGAAACCUAUAAUAUCUUGUCUUCAUCAAAAAUGUUACUGGAUGGUUUUAACCGUUGCUCUGAACCGACACCAGGAAUGCGGAUAUUUUGGUUAGUUGUUAUAUCUGCGAUUUGUUUGACUUCCAUUGCACAAGAAGAUGAGGAUCCUUAUUCUGUGCUCGGAAUUUCUCGCCGAGCAUCGCAAAGAGAGGUUAAAGGAGCAUACAAGGCAAUGGCUAAGGAAUGGCAUCCUGACAAAAACCAGUCGCCUGAAGCACAUGAAAUGUUCAUGAAAAUUACGAAGGCGUAUGACAUCCUUUCGGAUCCAUUAAAAAGAGAGAGGUAUGACAAAUUCGGAACAAUUGAUGAUACACCCAACACAAAUCGAGGAGGAUAUGGAAACGGAAGGGGAUACGACCAAUUUUUCGGCUUUGGCUUCGGAGGGUUCGAGGAUGGCUUUUUUGCAUUGCAUCGAAUUUCUCUUCGAAUAUUUACCCAUUCAAUAUUAGAAAAAUCUGACGAGAAGCCUUUCAUUAUUUACGCCUAUUCGAACUAUUGCCAGCUUUGCUUCAGACUACAAGCAGUUUGGAAAGCAGCUGUUCAGGAUUUAGAACCACUAGGAUAUGGAAUAGCUACUGCAAACGCCAUGACUGACGGGAACCUGGUAGAGAAACUAAGAAUUUCUCAACUUCCUGCGAUAGUCGCUGUUAUUGAAGGACGUGUAAUCCCAAUGCGACAUAACAUGCUGCAUCUCAGUGAUCGAGCGAUUCGCGUCUUUGCCCAAAAAGUUAUUCCGGAUUAUUUUAUGACGAGAAUUGCAUCGAUGUCAGCGCUAACAAGAUUUGUUGAGCAAUGGAAAACAACAAAUAAAGUGUCUGUAAUUAUUUUUGGAGCCGCUGCGGAGCCGAGAACGCGUUACUUGCUCUCUGCAAUGAAAUUCUCACAAUUUGCUAAAUUUGCAUAUGUUAGCUUGGCGAAUCCAUCGGAGGAUGUCAUCGCUGUAAAAAAUGCUAUGGAUGUCAAGUGUACAACCUGCGAAAAUAUUUUAAUAUACGAUGACUUUGUGCACAACGAUGCAAUUGCCCGACUUUCUAUCAGUAAAGCUAAUCAAUUGAAGAAAGAAGUUUUAGAAGAAUUCAUCGAAAAACACAAAUUGCUCACACUUCCACGUAUAUCAUCGAUUACAAUGUUCGAUACGAUUUGCCCGGUCUCGUCUCGCUCUUCGCGCCAAUUGUGUGUACUACUUCCUGUCACUUCGUCAGAAGACACCCAUGUUGAAGCAUUCAGAGAAUAUGUCAAAGAAGUUGGAAAAAAAUGGGCAUUGAAAAAUGUGCAUUUUUCGUAUAUUUAUAUCGAUCGACAAAUUGAGUUUGUGAAGCCGUUUAUUGAGAAGAGAACUGGAGAUAUUUCGAAAACAUCACGCGAUAUCUUGGUUAUAUGGCGAAUGGAAUAUAUCAAAGUGAAGUUCACAUGGCUUGAAGGAGCGUGGACUGGAAGAAAAUAUGAUAUAGAGGAGCAAAUUUUGGCGGUAGUUGAAAUGCGCAAGAAGCUUGAAGAAAAUUGCCGUUUGGGAUCGUUGAAAAACGAAUAUUCGUUAUCAUUUUUCACACGCUGGAGCCGUGCAUUCUGGCGGACAUUUGAAACCGCAUGGUUCUAUCUAACGCAUGAAGAAGCCUACAUGAUUUUGUCCGUAGUAGGCACACUGUUUCUCAUUCUCGGAAUCGGAUGGGUUCUUUCUUAUAUGAGCGAGCCAAAACAAAAGGUUAGGCAAAGAAAAUACAAGCCUAACGAUGUUGCCGAUGUGACUACUGAUUCGGAAUGGCACCCUGACGAUCCAAAGAUCAAGAAGGAUCUUGAAGCCACCACAGCGAAGCGGGAAAAUAUAAGAGCCCAGAGAAUUCUUAAUGUAAUGUCACCAUUGAUGCAUGAACUACGUGCCGAGACUUAUUUUGGAAUGAUUCGACUACUUAAACCUGGAUGCCGGUCAAUUGUACUCCUCGUUGACGACGAAAAUAAGCCGACUUUAUUGAAACAGUUUGCGCAAUAUAUUUACCCCAUCAGAAACAAUAAAACGUUCUCGUUUGGUUAUUUGGUAGUGCCGAAAAAUCUUGAAUGGUUUCGAAAACUUCUUGAACACACUCUACCAACGGAAGAUGGUCCGAUAAAACCAGGAGCUGAAGCUACGCUAUAUCAAAGACUCAAGCUAAUUAAUCCUCGUCAAUGCGUCGGAACUGUGCUAUCAUUGUGCGGCUGGAAGUUAUAUUUCUCUAUUUACCAUCCAAAACACGUUGAAGCCAGCCGUAGAAAUUUCAUCGACACUGACGAAGAUAUUACAUCAGACGAAGAAGAUGCCGACUCAUAUCGUAAUGACGAAUUUGCAUCAAUGGGAGAGAAAAAGAAGUUACAUCGAUCUUUAUCACAAAAAAGAGUAAAUAUGGGAAAUGUGCUUGAUGGUUUUCCAAAUUGGCUUGAUCGCUUAUUAGAAGGCUCAAUUAGGAGAUAUUACAUUCCCGAGUGGCCGGAUAAUCUUAAAUAA